UAUACACCAUCUAUCGAGUGACACUUUGAAGAGACCAUGUCACAGCCAUCAGCGGAGGAAGUGGAAGAGUUCAUGCUAUCAUGUCGAUAUGGCGAAAUAGACGAGGUGAAGAUGUUCACAGACAAGUACGGAAACGCUGGGGUCGAAGCUGCCAGAGAUGACAGAGGGAACACUGCGUUGCAUAUGUGUAGUGCCAAUGGGCAUAUAGAUAUACUGAACCUUCUCCUACCACUUUGCUCUGCGGCCCUGGUCUCUCAGCCGAAUGACAAUGGUUCUCCACCAUUACAUUGGGCCAUCGUGAACAAUCACUUGAAUUGUGUGCAGGCCUUGGUGGAAUUAUCACCAGAGAAAGGCGGAGGGCUAAAGCUGGUCAAACAAACCAACUCGGUCGGCAGAGAUGCAUUCGCCGAAGCUGUGUUCGCUGGUGAGGGUCGAGAAGAAGUUGCAGGAUGGUUAGAAGGGUAUCUGUAUCGUGAGGAGGGUAUUCCAGAUGAAGAGAUGGGAGAUGAAGACGUGAAAGAAGAAGCGACGGACGAGAUGGUAGCAGACGAUGACGUCCAGGGGACAGGUGUAGGCCCGGACGCCGAAACGCAGAUGGUCCAGGAUAUACAGAAAGUCGAUCUGAAUCCGAGUUGAUCAUGCAUCUCUCAUCAAACGUG